GCGGUCUUUUGCAAGCUCAAUACAAAUGUCUUUAUUUUUGCCUGGGUGUGUUUUAUGCAGUUUUUUCAAGUUCCGUUAGCAGGAAACAGAAAGCGACCCAUAGAGGCAGAGUCAUUCAGGCGCGUUGUCUGUUUCACCACUGUGAUAAAACUUCCUUUUGGUAGAGUUAACGGAAAGGAAUUGAAGCCUUUAGAGCCUGAAGAUAACUUUUUUGUGUGUGUGGAACAAUAGUUUUUGGACUCAUUCGUAUUAAGUUUAUGGGCAGAAGGCUUUAAUCUGUACUACAAGCUAAGAAAUAAGAAAAAAAAAACAGUAACGAAAUUCAAGUAGAUACUUAUCGCACUUGAGCUCAACGCAAAGAAAAGAUGCCCAAAACGCUCAGUGUACGAGUGACCACCAUGGAUGCAGAGCUGGAAUUUGCCAUCCAACCAAACACCACUGGCAAACAACUUUUUGACCAGGUCGUGAAGACAAUUGGACUUAGGGAAGUCUGGUUCUUUGGGCUGCAGUACCAGGACACAAAGAACUGUACAACCUGGUUAAAACUCAACAAAAAGGUGACUGCACAAGAUGUACGCAAGGAAAGCCCUUUGCUGUUCAAGUUUCGAGCCAAAUUUUAUCCGGAAGAUGUGCCUGAAGAGCUUAUACAGGAAAUCACCCAGCGGCUAUUUUUCCUACAGGUCAAAGAAGGAAUUCUGAAUGAUGAUAUCUACUGUCCUCCAGAAACGGCUGUGUUGCUGGCCUCUUAUGCAGUUCAGGCAAAACACGGAGAUUAUAACAAAGAUAUGCACAAGUCUGGCUAUCUGCUCAGUGAAAAACUGUUACCACAGAGAGUCUUGGAGCAACAUAAGCUCACCAAAGAGCAGUGGGAAGAAAGGAUUCAAGUCUGGCAUGAAGAACACAGAGGCAUGCUCAGAGAAGAUGCCAUGAUGGAGUACCUGAAGAUUUCUCAAGAUCUGGAAAUGUAUGGAGUGAAUUACUUCAACAUAAAAAACAAGAAAGGUUCUGAGCUGUACUUGGGUGUGGAUGCUCUUGGACUAAACAUCUAUGAACAUGAUGACAGGUUAACUCCCAAGAUUGGUUUCCCUUGGAGUGAAAUCAGAAACAUAUCAUUCAAUGAUAAGAAAUUUGUUAUUAAACCAAUCGACAAGAAGGCACCGGAUUUCAUAUUUUAUGCUCCACGUCUGCGUAUUAACAAGCGGAUCCUUGCUCUCUGCAUGGGAAACCAUGAGCUCUACAUGCGCAGGCGUAAGCCAGACACUAUAGAAGUGCAGCAGAUGAAGGCUCAAGCCCGGGAAGAAAAACACCAAAAACAGAUGGAGAGGGCUUUGCUGGAAAAUGAAAAGAAGAAACGAGAGAUUGCAGAGAAAGAAAAGGAGAAAAUUGAGCGUGAAAAGGAAGAGCUUAUGGAAAGGCUUCGUCAAAUAGAAGAGCAAACAAGAAAGGCUCAGCUAGAUUUGGAAGAACAGACACAGCGUGCAAUAGAACUUGAACGGGAAAGAAGACAAGCCCAGGAAGAGGCUGAAAGACUUGAAAGAGAACGGCAGGCUGCUGAGGAGGCCAAAGCCACCCUUCUGAAGCAUUCAGAAGAUCAGCAGAAGAGUCAGGAGCAACUGGCUGCUGAAUUAGCAGAAUUGAGCUUGGCAAUUAAUCAUUUGGAAGAAUCUAAGAAAAAGAAAGAGGACGAGGCUGCUGAAUGGCAGGAGAAGGCUAAGCUAGUUUCAGAAGACCUGGAGAAGACCAAAGAGGAGCUGAAGGCAGCUAUGGUCAAUGUGCAUGUAGCAGAACCUGUACAUGCUGAGAAUGAACAUGAUGAGGAGGAUGAGAACAGUGCUGAAGCCAGUGCUGAACUGAAGUCUGAGGCUUUUAUUAAGGAUCGUAGUGAGGAAGAACGAUUGACAGAAGCAGAGAAAAAUGAGAGAGUACAACAUCAUCUACAGACACUGAGUUCUGAGUUAGCAAAUGCAAGGGAUGAAACAAAGAAGACACAGAAUGAUAUGUUACAUGCUGAAAAUGUGAAAGCAGGCCGUGAUAAGUACAAGACCUUGCGUCAGAUCCGGCAAGGCAACACCAAGCAACGUAUUGAUGAAUUUGAAUCUAUGUGAUCUAUGACACCACACAAUUACACACACCCCUAUGCCAGUGGUAUACUGGAACCAUUAUGGAGUAGUGACUGUGGUUUUGUUCUGUUGCCCUCUAUGUACUGCAGCUCCACACAACAGAGAUGUAGAUGGUUUUUAUAUGUAUAUUUAAUGUUCUGCAUUAUUAAAAGGCUUAAUUUUGGGAUUCAUUUGUGUAACACCUGCUUCAUCUUCCAUAUCGCAUACUCCCUUAAAACCAGAGCGAAGCUCCAUUAUGGCAGUCAAGCUACAGUUGGAUUGAUAUUGAGCAGUAGAGCACAAAAUGGAUAUUCAUUUGUUCAGUUAAUUACUGGGCUGCCAGUAUGUGUAUUUAUGAUUUAAAAUAAAAAUAGAAAAGUAUAUUGUAUAAAUAUUUUAAAUACAAGCAGUGUUGGCGUUUGUACAGAAUUGCUUUCUGUAGCGAUACGUUUGCCUUCAUCAUUGAUGUAAAGGUGUAAAAGACAUCUGUCAGGUUACAGAAUUUUAGUAAAUGGUGACUGCAGAUUUCUGUACAUGCAUAGCAAACUGGGGAGUUUAUACCGCUUUCCUUUUAUGUCAUGUCAGCUCUAAAUUUUUUUUAUUUUGAUGCAUUUAUGCUUCAGAAAAAAAUUGUGGCAAAGUAUGGGUUGUCAGGGUUGUUUGCAGCCUUGAGAUGCAUAGCAAAAAAUGAGUGUUCUCCAGGAGUUUUCAUCAUCUGCUAGAUUAUUGAGGAAAAAAGGUUUAUACUGGGGCAGAUUGUCUAGUCCCCUGUUUGCUUACAGCAAAAGCUAUGCUGGUUUGCAUUUAUAGUAUUAGUCACUGUGGAAAUGUAUUCUUUUAGCACAUUGCUGUUAUCCUCUGGUUUCAGGAAGCCAGGUGGGUAUGGCUACCAGCAAGAGAUAACAUUGUGAUGUUGAGCAGGGCUUAUGUCAUGUGUAGAAAAAUGCCAUGCACCUUAGACAUGAAAAGCUGAAGUGGUCUGAGGAUUUUGAAUGUGCAUGAACUAGCAAUAACUUUGCUUUAGCCAUAUGCAUAACAGGCUUCAUUUAUCACUGUGUAAUGUGGUAAGGAUCCUGCUGUGGUGUAAGCUUAUUACAGUGUAACACGUUUAUAAAAGGGUUAUAUAUAUCUGCAGUUUUAUAGUUAUCCAUAUCUGAUUAUUGAAUACGGUGCAGUAAAAAGUCCUGUAGUUUAUAAAGUCUCCCUGAUUGUGUGACAAACCUCCAAAACUGCAUUUGUUGCUGUUUCCAUGUCAUCAGCUGCAAUAUAUGUUCCAGCACCUCUGAUAUUGCUUUUUUACACUUUCUCCAAAGCUGCUAUUACAGGAUGCAUUGUGUUCCCUGCAUCAUUAGUUAGAUCUAUGCAAACAUUUUACUGAUGCGUUUCCCAAAUAAUGGUCUCAGGGCUUUGAUUCAUUUUCCUUAAACAUCUAAAACAGAUUGCACUCCUUUUUAAUUUAAGGUAGAGUUGUUAAACCAGAAACAUUUAUUUGGGAGCUCUGUUAAUGGCCUAGUGAUGUUCACAGUUGCCCAUCAGUUACAAAUGAUUCUUCUUAUUCUCCCCUUACACUAGGAGAAAAUUGUGGAGCGUCACUUCUGAUAUUUGUGCAUGUUUAUUGCCAAAGCUCCAAUUCUGCUGGGGUAUGUAGUAUUGCCUUAAUGUUAUAUGAGAGACUUUAGAGUAAUGGUGUCCAGCAAGUGGCCUUAAGGCCAUAGUCUGGCCCACCAAACAUUUUACUUGUCCCUCUGUAUGUCCUGCAGCAAACUAUUAUGAAUGGAUAAGAUGCAUGUUGGACAUGGUAAGGUACCCCCAACCUUGCCAGGUUUGGCAAGUGGCCUCUGAGUAAAAGUUUGGACAGCCAUGCUUUAGAGGGACCAUUGGCAUUACAAAAAGCAAUGAGGACAUUUUCUUGCUGUACCAUUAUCACUAGUUUGGAACUUGCUGUGUAGACUUUACACAACUUCUCUAAUGUUCUACCACUGAAAACUGUUGUUCCAUUGUUUUGCUUCAUCUUAUGAAUGUAAUCAUUGCAGAAACAUUUAUACAUACAUUUAACCGCAAAUAUUGUGCAACAUGUUUUCAGACCGAUUCCUGAUAUACUAAAGAUUCAUCAUUUCUCGCUGCAGUUUUGAAAUUUUGUUUAAAAACAGUUGCACAGAUUUAUUUGGUAAACUUGUUAAGCUGCAUCCAAGAAAUUAGCACCUUGUCUUCACAGUAAUCCAGUUAACUGUUUUAGUUUUCAGAUAUAUUUACCUUGCAUGGCUCCCAGUCCAAUGGCCAGUUUUCACUUGUUUCCUUUCAUGUGUUUUCUAAUUGGUAGAAAGUGAGGCAGGAACUGAUCCUGCCAGUUGCUAGUAAUUGUACAUCUAAAAUCUGGGUGCAUUGCUUUUUUUUCCACUUUCAGCUUGUUAGUAAUGCUGCUGUUUCUAAACUUGUUCUUUGUUUCACUUGUACUUUAAUAUUUCUACAUGUGUGUGUAUAUAAUUGUGUGUGAUUAGUGCUCUUGAAAUGUGCUGUUAUUUAGUCAUUCAACUGAUUCUGCAUUUGUGUUUAUGGGCCAAAAAUGCUUCAGAAGCUUUUAUUUUGCUCUGUUCUUAAUAGGCAAAGACAGUUAUUGAAGUUAGACUUUGUCUUCCUUUUAUACAUUUGAUCCAUAAUGUAAACUGAGCAACAUGUGGUGCCAGAUACAUUUUUGCAAGUUUUUUUUACUGGCAACAUUUGCAUACAUAUGAGGAUUGAGACAGCAGCAUUCCCAGAUUUUUUUUUUUUACCAUGCCCUAGUUAAUGUGCCAUGUCACAUGUAUUGCUGAGUGCUCCUUUAGUGAUAUUGUAAGACAUUUUCCACAGUGAAGUUGUAAUUAUGGCGAUUCCACAGGUGCCAGAGCGAUUUCAAGUAGCAGCCCCCAGCAUUGAUACAAGCCCAUAGAGUACCAAGAUGUCCUUUUUUUUUCCCUUGGUCUGUCACCUUAAUGUCCAUCUUCAGGUCUCAAGACUCUUGAAUCAUAACUGCAUAAUAUCCAGGGAAGUUGCAGUUGAACACAAAGUUGGAAAGUAGGUUUCCGUGCUUGAAAACACAUUGGUGAGAAGCCAUUAUGUACAGUGAGCACUCAGAUUCAUGUGCAUGGUAUCCGGUUUCCUUUUCUUCACUGACAGAUGCAUUUUUCUGCCAAAUUUGUCAUCAUACGUUAGAUAUGGUUUGGUGCUGUGGGGAUGCUCCUGAGGGAGGAAUGAUUUCAUUUUGUCAUAGCUCCAGUGAAAAUAAUAAAUGUGGAUUGAUGAUAAAGCAGAGGAUUUCAAGCCCCUGUCUUUAGGUGUGCCAAAUUCAAAAUAGUCACCCUUGAAACUGUUUCCCUUUUUGGUAUGCCUACUUUGCUAAUGCCACUUUGCUCAUAGUUUUUAAAAACAAAAGUUUUUGUGGUUUGUCUGAGAAUUUCACACUAGUAGUACAGAUCGCAGCCUGUGAACUUACUCCAUGAAUAAAUUGAAGGCUGUGAUAGUACCCCAGCAACUAAAAAAGUCUUCAUUUGUUACUGUACUUCAUUAUUGUCAGUUCCCUUUCAGGUCAGUUACAGCCAUUAAAUUCAUCAAACUUUUAGGUAUUUUCAUCACCUUGGAACAACAUUUUGGUCCCACUUACAGGUCAUCUAGUGUUUAGGGACGGUUUAUACACCCACUGCUGUAAGGCCUUUCUACUAGGGUAAUUUUUCCAUGGAAGGCAAGGUCUAUCAACUUCCAGCUUUCAUACUCCACUAUCUGCUGGACUAUACUGCGCUGGUGAGGAAUUAUGGUUUUUUAGUGGAUGUCUACAAUGCAGGACACUCGUUUUGUGCGACUUGUCUUCUGUCAAAUCUGUGUUCAUGGCAUUUUUAAUGUUUGAGAUGGAAGCAGACCAUCAGGUGAAGUUGCUGCUGAGUAUAUAAAGUUGUGUUCGGCUAUAGUAAAAGGGAUUGUGUAAUGGCAGAUUAAACUUAGCAGGGUUCAACAUGGUCCUCACCCCUGUCUUUGAAAAUACCGUUUUCAUAUUGUUUUAGUCCUAAUCUGCUGUGUGAGGUCUUUGAUGAUUAACCGUAAAGUUUGUUAGCCUUUAUUGCAGUGCAAUAGGCACAAACAACAUUUGGAAAUAAAAGUAUGCUCAGUCUUGUAUUUUCAAACUAGUGUUAGGCAUUUAUCAUUCGUGGAUAUUCAGACAAAUUUUUUUAUUCCAAGCAUUGGAUUGUUUUGCUUUUUCUGACCAGUAUUAUGCGAUUCGUAUAUCUAAUAUGUUGACUCCUUGUCAGUUGUGCACAACUUGGUAGUAGUUGAAAUUCUUUUGAUAACAAAUGAACAGAAUUUUUGUAUUGUAAUCAAUUUUUUCUGACAAAAUUAAGGGGCUUACAGUAUUAAGAUUAUUCUACAUGUUUGAGAUUUGUUCAUGAAAUGUAUAUGAUCUGAGUGUUCUGUUUCCAUUGUCCUGGAAAGUAAAUUUUCAGUGUUUUGAUACUAACAUUGCUGCCAAGCUACUGGCAAGGAUUGUUUACCUAUUUUGGCUGUAUAUAAAAAAAAGACAAAAAAAAACAAAUCUAGAACUUGACACCCUUGUUUGUACCCCCAUAUUUUGGCAUUGUCUAUAAAUGCUUCCAGUGUUAAAACAUGUAGCUGUUUAAGCUAUUGGUAUCUGUACAUGUUUUUUUUUUUUUUUCAGUGCCAAUAAAAUGUAUUGAAAUUUGAA